AUGGGCAGAUCGCGAAGAAAUGUCCGGUUUCAACAUCGGCCCGCAUCCACAGACCCCCGACAGGGCUCCGAUCUCAGCGACAUAUCAGAACCUUCCAGCCCCAGCAACAUUGGCGCCUCCAGCUUCAAGGCGGUUGAGGUUGUGCCAGAAGAGAAAUCCGACGAUGCUCCUCCAUCCGACUACGAGAAGAAGAAACAGACCUUCAUAACCAGGACAAUAUGGACGUUUGUCAUGAUCGCUGGCUUCUUCAUCGCCAUAUUCUCCGGCCACAUCUACAUAAUCGCAAUCAUCACGGUCGUGCAGAUCAUCUCGUUCAAGGAGGUCAUUGCCAUCGCAAACGUGCCCAGCAAGGCGAAGAAUCUCAAAUUCACAAAGGCCCUCAACUGGUAUUUCCUCGCAACAACGAUGUAUUUCCUCUAUGGUGAGAGCGUUAUCUACUAUUUCAAGCACAUCCUCCUGGUCGACAGGGUGCUACUGCCGCUGGCUACGCACCAUCGCUUCAUCAGCUUCAUGCUCUACGUUAUGGGGUUUGUUUUCUUUGUCGGAUCGCUUCAGAAGGGGCAUUAUAGAUUCCAGUUCACCCAGUUUGCUUGGACGCACAUGGCUCUCUACCUCAUCGUCGUCCAGGCCCAUUUUAUCAUGAACAACAUCUUCGAAGGCAUGAUUUGGUUUUUUCUCCCUGUCUCCCUCGUCAUUACAAAUGAUAUCUUCGCCUAUAUCUGCGGCAUCACAUUCGGCCGCACACAACUCAUCAAACUCUCGCCCAAAAAGACCGUCGAGGGCUUCGUCGGCGCGUGGAUCUGCACCAUCCUCUUCGGAUACGGCAUGACAAACAUCCUUAUGAAGUAUAAAUACUUCAUCUGUCCCGUCAAUGACCUGGGAUCCAACGUCCUAACCGGCCUGGAAUGCACGCCAAACCCAGUCUUCACGCCGCACCCAUACCAAAUACCCUCUUGGGCCCCCUGGACCCACGCACCUCCACGAACCGUCUACUUUGCCCCAAUGCAGAUCCAUAUCUUCGUAUUCGCAACCUUCGCCUCCCUAAUUGCGCCAUUUGGCGGCUUCUUUGCCUCGGGACUGAAGCGGACGUUCAAAGUAAAGGACUUUGGCGAAUCCAUCCCGGGACACGGCGGAAUCACUGACCGCAUGGACUGCCAGUUCAUCAUGGGUUUCUUCGCAUACAUGUAUUAUCAUAGUUUCAUUGCUGUGUACAAGGCCAGUGUUGGCAAUGUGAUCGAGGCGGCUAUCACGGGUUUGACUGUUGAUCAGCAAUUAGAGGUCAUUAGGGGUUUGACUAAGUAUUUAUACAAUCAGGGCGAGGUUUCGGAAACCAUGCUUGAAUGCCUAAGUCCCGAUUUUCGCGUAAGCCGAUAG